CCCCUUCUCUCUUGGUAUUAAUUUAGCCGUUGUGUGGUUAAUCCAAUUUGAAAGCCAGAGUUUUUGUCCCAAUUGUAUGAUUCCAACGAUGGAGCAGGAGAAGCAAAUCAAGCAGCAGAGCAGCAGCUCCAACGAUAUUAGCCUUCACAAACCCCUCCGUUGCAUCGUAAAACUGGGUGGUGCUGCAAUUACUUGUAAGAACGAGAUAGAGAAGAUAAACGAUGAAAAUCUGGAAAUAGCUUCUUCACAUCUGAGACAAGCAAGGAACUCGUCUUUUUCUUCAAACAAAGUUAUUGGGAUGGAUUGGAGUAAGCGACCAGGGGUUUCAGAGAUUUCUCCAUCUUUGGAUGAUUUUGGGGAUUCUCCAUUGUUGGAUUCGAGCAACUUUAUUGUCGUUCAUGGAGCAGGUUCGUUUGGUCAUUUCCAGGCGAGCAGAUCUGGAGUCCACAAGGGAAGAUUGCACCUGCCUCUUGUCAUGGCUGGUUUUGUAGCGACCCGAAUUUCUGUGACAUCUCUCAAUCUCGAAAUUGUGAGAGCACUAGCUAGAGAGGGUAUUCCAUCCAUUGGAAUGUCACCAUUUGCUUGUGGAUGGUCUACUUGUGAAAGAAAUAUUGCUUCUGCUGAUAUAUCUCAGGUAGCAAAGGCUGUUAACUCUGGUUUUGUUCCAGUUUUGCAUGGAGAUGCUGUGCUUGACAAUCUGAAGGGCUGCACCAUAUUGAGUGGUGAUGUGAUCAUACGUCAUCUUGCUGAGCGACUAAAGCCUGAAUAUGUUGUUUUCCUCACAGAUGUUUUGGGAGUGUAUGACCGUCCUCCUACAGACUCAAAUGCAGUACUCCUAAGGGAGAUUGCUGUGGCUGAAGAUGGAAGCUGGUCUAUUUUGAAGCCACAAAUUGGGAAGAUGAAUAACAAAGUUGAAACUUCUGUAGCAGCUCAUGAUACGACUGGAGGUAUGGAAACCAAGAUAUCAGAAGCUGCAAUGAUUGCGAAACUUGGAAUCGAUGUCUAUAUUGUUAAGGCUGCAACGGACCACUCUUUAAGGGCCCUAAAAGGAGAAGUAAAAGGCAACAUUCCUGAUGAUUGGCUUGGUACGGUUAUCCGAUCUUCAAGAUAAAAGCAAUAUUCCAACUUGAUUUUUUGUUUGCAUGUUCUGUUAUCACAUGGGCAUUGGUUGUUGAAGUAGAAUCAUCAGAACAAAUAUGAGAAACUUUUGAUUUGUAGAAGGCUUGGUUGUAUGAGAUUUUAUGGCAUCAACUUUUAAGGAUUGAACCCAAAGGGGUUAGCGCAGCUGGCUUGGAGGGGACAUGAGACUCCGCCUCAUGAAGCGAGGUCUGGUGAUCAAAACUUCGUCGCUACAUAAUUCCUUGGGGCCACCCGCCUGAGGUUCACUAGGCCCAGAAGCUCCCGGUUCAUACGUGGUGCGCGGGUCAUAUACGAUCCCGGGGGGGUUUAGUCGGCCUAAAGUCGGAUACCCCGCUUGUUUAUCAAAAAAAAAAAACUUUUAAGGAUUGAAAUUACCAGAAAAACACUGAUCGCCUUCUGCAUACAUGGAUCUUAUGGAUGAGUUUAACAAGUCAACAUGGUUCUCUUCUUUUGUCACCA